AUGAUGACAGAAAUAGAGAAUAAAGGAAAAGCGGAGAUAUUUACAUAUGAGAAUCAUAAUGAUUCAGCAGAUUGUUCUGAAGACUCGGAUAGUCAUCAAGAGCCAAACUUCGGUUUAUUAUUCGAUAUUGACGGAGUACUUGGUCGUGGAUUAGAAGUUUUGCCUCAAGCGGCUGAAGCAUUUAAAUUAUUAUGUGGUCCUGAUAAAAAAGAAUUACGUGUUCCAGUUGCUUUAGUAACUAAUGGAUCUGGAGAUGCUACAACAAAAGUACAAAUGGUUUCUAAAUGGUUCGGUAUAAAUAUACAUCCAGAUCAAGUUAUUCUAGCGCCUAGUCCAUUGUCAGUUUACAAAGAAUAUCAUGAUAAAUGUGUAUUGUUCAUUGGACAAGGGAAUAUUAUUAAAUUGGCCAAUGAUCUUGGAUUCACGAACGUUGUAACACUAGAGGAUGUACAAGCUGCUUAUCCACUGUUAGAUAUGGUAGAUCACGAACAUCGAAGAUGUAUUAUUAAUAAUCCACCAACACCAAAACCAAUGAAAAGAAUUGAAGCUAUAAUCUUAACUGGUGAACCAGCAAAAUGGGAGUCAAGUUUACAAUUAUUAGUUGAUUUAUUAAUGACUGAUGGUAAACCGGAUGAAGUACCUGAAACAUUCCCUGAAGAACAUAUACCAAUAAUUGCAUGUAAUAUGGAUUUAGUUUAUAUGGAUAAAGCUGCAUUGCCUAGAUUUGGUCAUGGUGCAUUUUUAAUUUGUUUACAAACAUUAUAUAAUCAAUUAACUGGUUAUAAAUUACGUUAUACAUCAUUAUUGGGUAAACCAAGUGAAAUAACUUUUCGAUUUGCUGAACAUAUACUUACUUUAACUUCAAAACGUAUGGGAUAUAAAAGACCGAUAGAUCGUUUAUUCUUUUUUGGUGAUAAUCCAGAUGUAGAUGUUUUGGGUUCAAAUUUGUACAAUAAUUUUUUACGUCGAUUUCGUCAUGUUUCCGGUGGUGACAAGUCUCCAACGGAGGGACAUAGUCAAUAUAAAAAAGUGUCAGUAGCACAAUCACGUACUGUACCACCGAAUGCAGCGUUUCUUCCUCAAACUGCUAAAGGAAUUGACUCUGUAUUAGUUAGAACUGGAGUAUAUAAACCAACAGAAGGAACAAGAGUACAUUAUUGUCAUCGUGAUUUUCAAGGUGCAGCUGAUCUUGUUUUACCAACAUUUGAAGUUGAAGAUUGUCUUGAAGGUGUUCAAUUAAUUUUAAAUUUACAAAAAUUUCAUCCUGAUAAACAAAUAGCAAAAUAA